AUGAAGAAGCGGAUAUCACAUAACAAAUCCCGUAACGGAUGUCAGAACUGCAAGAAACGACAUGUCAAAUGUGAUGAACAAGGGCCACCAUGCGCUGCAUGCAUUGCUCGAGACUUCACGAGUACAUGCAGUUACAAGACCAGCCCGCCGGCUCAAGAUGCAGGCUCGUCGGUAGUAUCGACCUCGACCUCCAACAGCGAGACCCAAAACUCGACCCCUAUUGUCAAAAAGCACACAUUCGACAGUCGCAGACUUCUGGAGCUGGAGCUUAUGCAUCGCUGGUCGACAAAGACCUACGAAAGUCUCUGUAGUGUGCCAGAAGAUUACCACUACUUGCAGAUCGAAGUUCCGCGCGGGGCGCUGAGACAUGAUUUUCUGCUGCAUGGAGUCUUUGCGAUUACCGCACUCGAGAUGGCCUUGUCUGGAGAUCCAGCCAAAUCUCCGGAAUACAUCUGUAUCGCAAUGGAGUAUUAUGAUUGGGCGAGCGAAUCUUUCCGAGCAGCACUCUGUUCAGUUACAUCUGAAAACCAGCACUAUUUGUAUAUCUUUGCGAUCGCUGCCACAAUCAUAAAUCUAGCAAUGCCAGACGAGAACGGUAACCACCUCGGAGGAAUGCUGAAGCGAAUGGUGGUGCUUUUCGAGCUACUCAUGGGUGCUUGCUCUAUCGCAGUACUGAACUUCAACUGGAUGCUGGAUAGCCCAUUUUCGCCUUCGCUUCUUUCUGCUCUGUCUCUAAUGGAAAAGCCGGCACCAGAGCCAAUCAGUGAAGCUACGAAGCAAGCCUUCGAAGACCUCACAUCCAUAAUCGAUAAGUUGGGCAAGGAUGAGGAGUCGCGCUCACACGCAGCCUAUAAGGCUGUUGCCACAAAGCUCCAUUACUGCUUCAAGCAGGAGAGCAGGGGCUUGAUUCGAGGGUUUUGUAUCGCUUUUCCGGUGCUUGCCGGCGAGGAGUAUACCGCUGCAAUGAGGGUGCAGGAGCCCAUGGCGCUUUUUAUGUUGAUGUAUUGGGGUGUAUUGUUGAAUGUGCUUAGUGACCAAGCAUGGUGGACUGCUCACAUCGGUCGAGACCUUGUUUCGGAGAUUUCUGAUGCUCUAUUGCAACUACCACCCCAGUCACAAUUUUCGACCAUGCCCGAGUGGAAUGCUGGUAUAUCGUGGGCGAGAACGGAGGUUGGAUUGGAAGUGUUUGAUUGA